CAUCGUUUCAGCAAACAGUACAGCAUCCUGUCGUCUUUGUAGCUAUUAUCAAAAAUGACGACGGAGAACGGGAAUGCUAAAUUCCCAGCUCACGAUCCUACAAAGUCUUUCUCUUUUCCAAAACAAGAAGAAGAUGUAUUGGCAUAUUGGCGUGCAAUUGACGCUUUCCGUACUUCUUUAGAACAAUCAAAAGGCAAGAAACCUUAUUCAUUCUAUGAUGGUCCACCUUUCGCAACAGGAUUGCCGCAUUAUGGACAUCUGUUAGCAGGUACAAUCAAAGAUAUCGUCACAAGAUACGCUCACUCUACAGGACACUACGUUGACCGUCGUUUCGGUUGGGAUUGCCAUGGUUUACCAGUAGAACAUGAAAUUGACAAAAAGUUGGGUAUCAAAGGAAAGGAAGAUGUGAUGAAGAUGGGUAUCCCUGCUUAUAAUGCCGAAUGUCGUGCAAUCGUCAUGCGUUAUCAGCAAGAAUGGAAAGAAACUGUCGAACGAAUGGGAAGAUGGAUUGAUUUCGAUGGAGGAUACAAGACAAUGAACACUUCCUUUAUGGAAUCCGUUUGGUGGGUUUUCGGACAAUUGUUUCAAAAAGGCCUCGUAUAUCGCGGUUUCCGCGUUAUGCCAUAUUCAACAGCAUGCACAACACCUUUGAGUAACUUUGAGGCUGGUUCAGAUUAUCGUGAUACAGUGGACCCGGCAAUUGUGAUCAGUUUCCCAUUGGUUGAUGAUCCCAAAACUUCUCUAUUGGCGUGGACUACUACACCUUGGACUACUCCUUCCAACUUGGCAGCGUGUGUCCACCCUGACUUCACCUAUAUCAAGAUUCAUGAUGAAGAAAAGGAUGCCAACUACUGGAUCUUGGAAAAGCUCUUGACCACAUUAUACAAAGAUCCAAAGAAGGCCAAAUUCAAAAAGAUUCAAGAAAUCAAGGGUAAGGAUAUGGUAGGCUGGAAAUUCGUUCCCUUGUUCGACUAUUUUGUUGAGAAAUAUGGCGACUCAGCUUUCCGUGUCGUUGCUGAUCCUUACGUUACUGCCGACGCAGGUACAGGUAUCGUUCAACAAGCACCUGCAUUCGGUGACGACGAUUACCGUAUCGCAAUGGCAAACGGUAUCACUUCUUUGGAAAACCUACCGCCUUGUCCAGUGGAUGAAGCAGGUCGCUUCACUGCAGAAGUGCCUGACUAUCAAGGUGUCCAUGUUAAAGAAGCAGAUAAGCAAAUCCAAAAAGACUUGAAGGCAAGAGGCAGAUUGAUCGUGCAAAGUACGUUACGCCAUCAGUACCCAUUCUGUUGGAGAUCUGGAACACCCCUUAUUUACAAGGCUAUCCCGGCCUGGUUUGUGCGUGUUGAGCCAAUCGUGGAACAAUUGUCAAAGAACAACGAAAAGACGCUUUGGGUGCCAGCCUCUGUCGGUGAAGGAAGAUUCGGAAACUGGUUGGCAAACGCUCGUGACUGGAACAUCAGUAGAAAUCGUUACUGGGGUACACCCAUCCCACUUUGGGUCAGUGAUGAUUACGAAGAGAUUGUCUACAUUGAUUCCAUCGAAAAGCUCGAGAAACUAUCUGGGAGAACAAACUUGACUGAUUUGCAUCGUGAUCACAUUGACGAUAUCACCAUUCCCUCUCAGAAAGGCAAAGGGCAAUUACGCCGUAUUGAAGAAGUGUUUGAUUGUUGGUUCGAAUCAGGAAGCAUGCCUUACGCUCAAGCACAUUAUCCAUUCGAGAACAAGGAGAAAUUCAUGUCAAGUUUCCCAGCUGACUUUGUGUGUGAAGGUAUCGAUCAAACAAGAGGAUGGUUCUACACCCUUCUCAUUUUGGCAACACAUCUAUUUGAUACUGCACCAUGGAAGAACUUGAUCACAACGGGUCUCGUGCUCGCUGCUGAUGGUAAAAAGAUGAGUAAAUCUUUACGCAAUUACCCUGACCCUUCCCUACUGGUCAACAAAUAUGGUGCAGAUGCUGUCAGACUAUACUUGGUGAAUUCACCAGUCGUGCGCGGAGAAAACCUGCGUUUCCGCGAAGAAGGUGUGAAGGAAGUUUUGUCUACGGCCUUCUUGCCAUGGGUCAACAGUUUCCGCUUCUUCUUGGGACAAGUUGCAUUAUUCAAAAAGGUCUUUGACGUCGAUUUCAAGUAUGAUCCACAAGCACCUAAGAGUGAGAAUGUCAUGGACCGUUGGAUUUUGGCACGUUGUCAAAGUUUGAUCAAAUUGGUUCAAGAAGAAAUGGCUGCUUAUCGUUUGUACACGGUUAUGCCACGAUUGACAAACAUGAUUGACGAAUUAACCAAUUGGUACAUCCGCUUCAACCGUCGUCGUUUGAAGGGUGAAAACGGACUUGAGGACACAACGGCUGCAUUGAACUCUUUGUUUGAGACUUUGUUGACUUUGUGCAGCACUCUGUCCUCCUUUACACCAUUUUUGACCGAGAAUCUGUACCAAGGCUUGCGACAAUUCUUGCCAGAAGAGCUUAAUGGUAGGGAGGAUCAUCGCUCUGUGCACUUCUUGCCAUUCCCCGAAGUACGUCAAGAAUACCUAGACCCAGUCAUUCAACGUCAAUUCGCUGCACUGCAAACAGUCAUCGAACUGACACGUACAGUUCGUGAGAGAAAUAACCUUCCUUUGCGUGUUCCACUCAAGGAAUUGGUCGUUUACAAUGGAGAUCAACAAUACCUCGAUGACCUCAAAACUCUUUCAUCUUACGUCGAAGAAGAAUUGAACAUUCGCGAAUUGACAUUGACAAGUGAUGAAACAAAAUGUGGUGUGCAAUUCAAGCUCUUGGCAGAUUGGCCUGUCUUGGGACGCAAAUUGAAGAAGGAUAUGCCAAAGGUGAAGAAGGGGUUGGACAGUGUCAGCUCCGAAGAAGCAAAACAAUACGACCUCACAAAGAAGAUCACCGUUGCUGGAAUUGAUCUCGUCGAAGGCGAUUUGCGCGUCACAAGAGCUGUUGAUCUUACAGGAAGACAAGGCAAAUGGGAUAGUCACACAGACGGAUCAGCUGUGAUUUUGUUGGAUCUUGAAGUGCAUCCCGAAUUGCAAGAUCAAGGAACGGCUCGUGAAUUGGUGAACCGUAUUCAAAAGCUUCGUAAGAAGGCCAAUUUACAGGCCACCGACGAAGUUGAUGCUUUCUACUCCUUCGAACAAGGAAUGGGUGAUGCAUUGAAAGCAUGCUUUAGCACACAAACCGACUACUUCGUCAAGAGUAUGCGAAGAAAGCCGUUGCCUGUCAGCGAAAGACCUGCAGGCAAGCCCAUCAUCAUUGAGGAAGAACAAGAGAUCAACGAAAACACCUUCAAGCUUUCGCUUGUUCAUGCUGCAUGAGUUUCUUUGUCAUAUGCAUCAUAGAUAAGACAUAUGUAUUUCAUUCAGUAUUUUUAAAAUUCAAUAUCAUCGCAUCACAUAACCACAUUCACAGA